GCGAUACCGCCUCGGCCAGUGUCUGGCCCAACGGCAAGAGCUACUCCCAGCUCAUCUGCUCCGACGCCAGGCCCCACGCCGGUCACGCCGCCCUUACGGCCGAAGCAGAAGGCGCGCCCGACGCCCAGGGCGGCGCUGGCGCGGCCCUCGGUGCCCAAGCCGACGAAGAGGCCGCAGCCGAGCCAAAAGCCAGCAGAGCCGACGAAGCCACCGGACCCGUCGAAGCGAAAGCCGGCGGAGCCUUCCAAGCCACCGACAGCACGUGUUCCGAGUCCCGUGGGAAAGCCCGCCGCGAAUGGUGUGAAGCGUCCCAGGGAGGAAGGCUUCGCGGACGAGCUGGCCGAGUGGCUGCUGAACCUGGAUCGUGGCAAAGGUGUCAUGCUGGAAUACCACGAGGGCAUGGCCCAAAACUGCAGCAGCUGGAAAGAGCUGGUUGACUGGGCUGUGCAAGAUCUCGACACCAAGAAGAUGGUGUUUUCGAAACCGUUCCUGAAGAGCACUGCGCUUAGCAAAACAGGACACAAAAUCAUGUUUGCCUGCGGCUUUCGGAAGCUGAUCAAUGAGCGGCUGAAGGAAGAGGAGCAGGAGCAGGAUGAGCAGCAGCCGACGGCUCCGAGCCCGUCGCGGGGUCUGGAUCGGAGGCACACUGUUCCUCAGCCGAGCCAGCGCUCAGCAGCGCCGAAUGGUCAGAGCGCCCCGCAGACCCCACCGAAGCCGCAGCCGAAGCGAAUGCCGCUGCAGCGUCAACUGGCUGAUGAGCACAUGCCGGAGGAGACGGCUGAACUGGAAUUUGGGCCGCCCACGGCAGAGCCGGAGCCGGAAGAGGACUUCGAGGCAGAUCCAGGCGUUUACGGCUCUGGCAUUUAG